UAAUAUUUAUUCAACCGAUGGAAGAGUCGUAUUUUUUAUUCUAAAAAAUUGCUUUCGAUACGUGCGGGCGUUAUUUUAUCGACGAAAUGGUCUGGCCUAUUGCUCUCUUCGUUAGAUGGUAGUACUACGGGACUUCCCGGACGAUUAAAAAAUUCCGAAUGCCAGUCGAAAACAUCACAAUAAUGUAGCACGACACGGCUGGCAAAUGUUUUCGAGUAAAAAUAAUCACGUCUCAAGAAUAAAGUGAUACUUAUCAGUCCCUCCAAUUUGCCAAUCAGUAUUUCAACACCAACAAUCACUUCUGGUAAUUAAUAACGUAAAUAAACGGGGCAAUAUGAUCAGUGGAUUUCAAGUAGCCUUGAAAAAUACUAUCGACGUGAUAGCGCCUCCGGCGACGCCGCUCCAGGAUUUCACCUACCACUGGAAGCAGCUGAUGAACUAUUACGCGAGUCACCAGACAAACUGUAAAUUGCCGAUCGAGAGCACCUGCAUACCCCAGCACCUGGAGCGCCUCCUGGAGAUUCUCCUCGCCGAGGAGAAGAGGGACGACAAUCCAGGCCCCUGCCUCGAGUACUUGCUGCAGCACAAACUGCUGGACUGGUUGACGACCCUGGCGAGUGUCGAGACCCCUCCGGGGAUGCGUCACGUCUGCCUGUCCUUCAUGAAACGUUUGCUGGCGCGAUCGCGGUUUCCCCUGCUGCACCAGGCUGCCGUCUACGGCCCCGUACAGCGAUUGAUAAGCCUCUGCAGCGGCAAGAUACCCUCGCCGAUCGAAACCGAGGAAAUCCACUUCUUGUUGACCAUUUGCUUCCUCGUCUGCCGUUACCCCCACGUCACCAACAUCGUGAGUGACUCGAGUGCAGUCAGGCUCGACCCGGAGGCGCGAGCCAGUGCCAACGAGACAAGUGACAAACAUUCCGUGACGUACGUCUCCUCGAAGAAGCGAAAUAGCUUGAAUCCCCUGUUCGAGCCGCUCAACACCCAGGCAAUCACCCUGAUAAACCCCAAUUUAUUCGCCUGCGAUCACCAGAGGCGGAAGUCGAUUGUCGGCGAACGGCUCAAGCCGAAGGACGAGGGGAGCAGGGGCAAGGAGGGGCGGAAGGACGUGGCGAGGUCCAGCGAAUCGACGCCCUCGAGGGACACGGAAAACUCCUCGGGGUCCUACAGUCCCGUCCUGGGUAAACCGAGGCAGGAUCCGGGGGCCCUGGAGGCACCCCAGGACUGCCGGGGGUGCGACAGGGUCUCCGUUUUUGAUGCUGAGAAACUGCGGGACUUGGAGGAGCUGAGGAUUGAUACCGAAUGCUGCAAUGGGGCGAACGAGUCUGAGGAGUCCAAGAAUCAGAGCCUCGCGAUGUCGCCUCAGCAGGGGGAGGGCUCCAGCAGUCUGCUUUUCGAUGCCUUAAUUAGUUACAUUAAUACUGCGGAUAAUACAGUCAGGAUUCGAGCCUGCGAGGGAAUAAUGGUCCUAACAUCCCUCGAGGACCCCUCAUUCGCGAGAACGAUGGCGAAAAGUGACUUGCCACGAGUAGUAACAAAUCGCCUGGAGUACCUUUUCAACUCCAUUCCCGCACACGUCGACCCAGCAGAGCUCGACGACAUCGAUGUCACCUGGGCUCUCGACUCGCCCCUCUGGACGAAUGAGAAAAAAUUCCCAGGGUGUCGACAGGUGGCUGCCUACUUCAUGUGGCUCGAUUACUGUGAUCAAUUGAUCAAAGAAGCUCAUCCUGAUGUUGCCCAUGAACUUGCCAGGACAAUCAGACUUCUGUUCUUCGAAAAAGUCGUGACUCCCGCAUUGUCAGAGCAUCACGUUGUGUUGAUAACAGCUCUUAUUACGGAGACAUUGAAAAAGAUAACGUCACACCUGCUGAGCACAGAGAUGAACUACUGGCUCGUGGGUGAGCAGAGAGACCCAGUGAUAGCAGACGUGUGUUCCCCAUCAGUCGUGGAACGACUGAUCGAGAACUGCUACACAGACAGCGAUGAUUUGACCCUGGAAACACUCAAGUUGUUCGAAGAAAUAAUGGACAAGCGAAACGAGCACGUUCUCCACUGCAUGGUAUUGUCAUACCUCUCGUCACGUGGUUACUACGACAACACAGCUGCUGACAGUGCUAUUGCUUCCUGGAGCGAUGAGGAAGAUGAACGUGAACGAGAGAAAAAGGGAACACUGGAUUUUUCCACUGAGCAGAGUCACAGUAGGACGUUGGCUCCCAGUAAUAUCCACAGAAUCAUAAAUUGCUUCUUAUCACUGAUGCCAAGACAACUCCAGACAGACCCUGGCGAGGACAAUUACGAGCGUUACAUGGCAGACUGGGAGAAGCAGUACGAACGAGCGAAAAUGGACUGUGCCCUGUUCGCCUGGCCCCUGGAGGCCGUCAGCAUCGAUGACUCGGGUAGCUACGACUCAAGACCAGAGGCAGAUCACUGCUCAUCUCGUUUCUACAUGGGCCCCUUCCUCACCAUGCUCCUGGACAAGGUCUCAAGCAUUCCAAAUCAAAAAUACGAGAUCAAUCUCCAGUUGACUGUUGUCGUAUCGAGACUGGCACUGCUGCCACAUCCGUACCUGCACGAGUUCCUGUUGAAUCCACUGUUGCCACUGGCCCCAGGGACCAAGAGUCUCUUCGGUUGCUUGCAGAAGAUUGUUAAAAUGUUGGUGGGGGAAACUACGAAAUUGCCCAAGUUCAAGGAGGGACUCAAGGAGACCAGGAGGAAAUUGCUGGAGGAUUCACAGGGACUAGUCACAGAGAAUAUUUUAUACGAGAGUGUAGUGAUAACCGAAGAAUUUUGUAAGGAGCUCGCCGCAAUAGCUUACAUCAAGUAUCAACAUUCCAUGUGAAUAAGGAAACAAGUCCAAUGCAACGUGUGUACCUUAAUAAGUGUAAAAUUCGUUAAGAUCAUCUAGCGUAAUGUACAAGUGAUAGAUAGAUCAAUUAUAUUUAGACGAGGCGUUUACAAAGAUGCACAAUUGUACUUUUGCUCGAAUAAAAGAUUCAUUUUAACAUU